GCUAUUCAUGCACGACACUGAGGAGGACACAAAACCUUCCCAACUCACUCGUUCGCCGAAUUGCAGACCUGGCCUUGGACACACAUUAGGCAUCUCCCACGCCGUCAAGGGUGCUCACAACAACAGUCUCAUUCGCCUCAUAGGGAUUCCGCCACCGUUGGCUAGCAUUCUGUGGAUCGGCUCUAGAACAACGGCCAGAUGAACGGCGUUACUCGCUUAGCCGCUCUCGGCUCCAGGCGGGGAUUGCUAGGCGUUUCCGCACCAAGGACAUUAGGCGCUCAUCCGCUUCUGACACGGCGAUAUGGGUAUGACUCGAAGCAGAAAGCAGCUCCCGAACCGCUGAGGAAAACCGGCGUCGAAUUGUGGAGUGAGAAGCAAGCGCCCGGCCAGGAGGCAAGCCCUAUCCCAGAGCAGGACGCCGACGAGCUGUUCUCGCACCCUCUCUACACCCCACCGGCCAGGCCCCAAACCGGUAUUGGCCCAGUCCAGGCUCCCUUGAAGUGGCCCGAGUGGGAUCAGAGCCUACCCUCCCACCAAGCGUCCGGUCUCCCGUCGCCCCCGACCUAUUAUGACGCCGGCUUCGACGACCCCGCGACGGCGCCCAUCGGCGACUACCCACAUGUCAAGCCCCAGUUCGCACUCUUGAGGAACCCGUUCGGCUACUGGGAUCAGCAGGGUCGUCGCGACUAUGGUGAAAUUCUCUACGACCACGACCAGUUCACGGACAUUUGGUCGAUUGGGCCUGAAGUUCACUGGUGGGAACCGUUCAAGCACGCUGCGCAGGUGCUGGCUGCGAUCGCGGGGAUGGGCGUCCUUGUGCACUGGUGGGACCCUGCUGAGCAUCUGUGGUUUGCGGAGAAGGACUACCCGUAUGAUGGAUUGAGGGUCGAGCUGGGUGGGGACCCCAAUGACGAGAGCGACAUCACCACCAGGGCCAACAUAUACAAAAUAUGAAUUAGAAGUGAGCUCUGAGGAAUCUGCAUAUACCAACGCUGAAAUACAU